AUAAAGUAUAAGCAUACGAUAAAAAAGCGGUGUGCGAAAUACAAGCAUGAUACUAAAGAAGGGAAAUGAAUUUUAUUGGGAUAAUCGAAGUGGAGAAAAUGUAUGAAAAAAUUCUGCUCGGUUCAUUUAAAAGAUCUUUUGGAUAUAUAAUGUGAAAUAAUACCAAUGUGAGGUUAAAUGCAGGUAACUCUUUUAUCCCAUGCACCAUGCGCAUACUGCGAUCUGACACUUUAGUAUUUGUGAUUUGUGCAUUUGUAAGUGUUUUUAAAUGCAUACUUAGUUUUUCUGAUUUAUCAAACAAGGAAAAUAAUAUGGAUCAUAAAUCAAUGAACUCUUCGGACAGUCACAAAAUGGAGACUUACUUCAAACAAAUUUACCCAAAUGCAGACGAUGUCCUAGUGCAGUGCAAGGCGUUAAGGUCCCAGAGAUACUUUUCCGAUGGAAACUGUUACUCCACUAAACCUAUUAUUGAAGACGUUUGUGUGGGUUCAUGUGUACCUAUGAAAGAACUCCAAGUCCAAUGGUGGUCAGAAUUUGUCAAGUACUGGUCAAAUAACAAACAAAAAGAAUACCGAUGUGUUAAUGACAAAGUGAAAAGGAAGAAAAUUCAGUUAAUCUGCAAGGACGGCACGAUCAGGACGAGAACUGUGAAAGUUGUCAAGUCGUGCAAGUGUAAAAUUGUGAAUAAAAAACGAAAAAAUCGCAGAGGACGACGACGAAACAGGAAAAACAGAAGCAAAAGCAAGAGGCACUUAAGAAAUAGAAAUAAAAUUAGACGCAAUAGAAGACGUUUGUUUCAAUAUAACAACAUGAAAACGUGAAGCAAACCAGUGAUUAUUAGGAAAAACUCCUUUAUAAUGCCAAAGUGUUAGUGUGAUAGCGCAUUCAUAAAAUCGAACACACCAAUACUUGUAUGCGUGCGCACACUGUGAUGGAGUAACGAUUUAACAAAGAUCGUCUCAACCUAGUCCAAAAUAAUUCGAAAGAGGGCUUGUGCUACGCAUGCGCGAUAGAUUUCAAGUAACACUUGCUUCGUCUGUGAUCUAAGUUACAAUGUGCGGUAUUUGUUAACAGAUGACAAUAUAUUACACUUGGCAAUUGUAUUACAGUUUUAAUGUAGACAAGGACACCCCAAAACUGUUCAUCUGUUUCAGUUAUAUCAAUGUAAACCUCGUGCAAGCAACUGUCAUUAUUUAUUUUUUUAUCUAUACUAUCUUGCCCCAUCCAGCAUUUAAUAUGAACUAAAAAUGUUUUACAGGUCAUCCAAGACGUGUCUAAAAUCAAAUUAUUCCUUCAUAAUUUGUAUAUACGGCAUGAUAAUCAUCAAACAUAUUGUCAUGAAUCAUUGACCAGUUUAUUUAUUGUAGUUAUUGAACAAGAAACCUCUUUAUCUCUUCUCUCUCAGUGAAAUCCGUUUAUGUACAUCUGUGAACGCUUGCUAAGUGAGCAAUAUUUUCUUAUUUAUAUAUAUAUAUACAGGAAAAGAUUUUUUGUGAUUUUCAACAUGAAUGAAAAAACACUAAAAUUGAAUGUUGAAGCAGUUUUUCCUUUAACUAAGCAAAAGUAAACAUAUAUUGAAACAUAUUCGUUUUUGAAUAACUGGAUAUAUCAUUCUGUUCACAGAUUUGAUUGAGGCUCUUGAACUAGCUAUGUAAAAUGGCAUUCUGAGAGAAAUCUAUGUUCGUAAUAGCAUUAUUUGUUAAAAUUUUGUUUUGAAAUGUUGUAAUUUUUUUGAUGUUAUUAUGGUAAAUUAAACACAGAAGAACAAUAUAAAUUUUAAAAAA